AUGGCUAAAACUCGUAAAAUACCGAAUGCUACCAAAGAGGAACUCAUGGUUUUAACCGUGAGUGAGAUAAUCUCGCACCUUUUAAAAGCUAUUCAAGAGAAACGUAAUGUUGAUUUAAAUAAACUUAAAUCAGUUAUAUCUAGUAAAUAUGGUCUAGCUUCACAACCGCGACUGGUCGAUUUAAUCUCUGCAGUACCAACAGAACAUAAACAUAUGCUAUUGCCACAUUUGAAAGCGAAACCAGUUAGAUCAGCUAGUGGGAUUGUAGUCAUAGCAGUUAUGUGUAAGCCCCAUCGAUGUCCUCAUAUAGCUGUUACCGGGAAUGUUUGUGUUUAUUGUCCAGGCGGACCAGAUUCUGAUUUUGAAUACUCCACACAAUCGUAUACUGGAUAUGAGCCAACUUCAAUGCGUGCUAUUCGAGCUCGUUACAAUCCUUUUAUUCAAGCAAGGCAUCGAAUUGAGCAGCUUCAGCAAUUAGGACAUACAUGUGAUAAAGUGGAAUUUAUUGUUAUGGGAGGAACGUUUAUGUGUCUUUCUGAAGACUACCGGGAUUAUUUCAUCAGGAGUUUACAUGAUGCACUAUCUGGUCAUACAAGCAAAAAUGUUGACGAGGCCGUUAGUUAUUCUGAACGAAGUAGAACAAAAUGUGUCGGCAUCACUAUUGAAACACGUCCAGAUUAUUGUUUGAAAAAGCACUUAAGUGAAAUGUUGCGUUAUGGUUGUACGCGAUUGGAGAUCGGUGUUCAAAGUGUUUAUGAAGAUGUUGCUAGAGAUACAAACAGAGGUCAUACCGUUAAAGCGGUUUGUGAGUCAUUUCAUUUGUCUAAAGAUGCUGGAUUUAAAGUUGUUUCGCAUAUGAUGCCUGACUUACCGAAUGUUGGCUGGGAACGUGACUUGGCACAAUUUGCUGAAUAUUUUGAAAAUCCAGCUUUUCGUUCUGAUGGAUUAAAAAUUUAUCCAACACUUGUUAUACGUGGUACAGGUUUAUAUGAAUUAUGGCGUACUGGUCGGUAUAAAAGUUAUCCACCUGGUAUGCUAAUUGAUUUGAUUGCACGAAUAUUAGCAUUAGUUCCACCAUGGACCAGGAUUUAUCGUAUUCAAAGGGAUAUUCCUAUGCCAUUAGUAACUAGUGGUGUGGAACAUGGUAAUUUACGUGAACUUGUAUUAGCUCGAAUGGAAGAACUAGGCGCUAGUUGUCGUGAUGUUCGAACACGUGAAGUUGGCAUACAAGAAAUACAUUCACGUGUAAAACCAUAUCAGGUUGAACUUAUCCGUAGAGAUUAUUUUGCAAAUAGAGGAUGGGAAACAUUUUUGGCCUAUGAAGAUCCGUAUCAGGAUAUAUUGAUCGGCUUAUUACGUUUAAGAAAAUGUUCACUGCAAACAUUUAGACCAGAACUAAUCGCUACAACACAUACUAAUAAUGAUGUUCAAAGUAACAAAAAUCCUCGUUGUUCUAUUGUACGUGAAUUACAUGUAUAUGGUAGUGCUGUUCCAGUGGCUGCUAGAGAUCCUACAAAAUUUCAACAUCAAGGUUUUGGAACUUUACUAAUGGAAGAAGCAGAACGUAUAGCUAAAUAUGAACAUGGUUCUUUGAAGAUUGCUGUUAUAUCUGGUGUGGGAACUAGAAACUACUAUCGAAAGUUGGGUUAUGAAUUGGAAGGUCCGUAUAUGACUAAGAUUUUAUAA